GGAAAAAAGUUUUGGAUAUCUUUUAAAAAGAAAUUAAAACACCACAAAAACAAAUUUGAGUUUCAAAACUAAAAUGAGUGUUAAAAUAUUAUUGUGAGAAAAAUUCUAAAAGAAUGAAAUUUUGUUAUAUUUAAAUCUUCUUUACGUCAAUCGCAUCACGGUUAAGACUAUGGCAGCUACUGCUUAUAGUACAAGCCCGAAUCGAGUGUCGUCAACAAAUCAAAAUCAAUAUGGUAGCUAUAGCAGUGUCAACAAAGUUAUUAUAAACCAAUCACAUCAUCAAUCUCAACAACACCAUCACAUGAUGCAAUCAGGAUCAAUUGGCGGUAGUGCACCGCCACCGUUAUCGAUAUACCAAGUCAAAGAACACCAUAAUAAUUAUAUGAUGUUAUAUUCACGUAAUUAUAAUUACAAGCGCAAAACAGCCGUGGAAAUGUUAGCUGAAAGCAAACCCUAUUAUGUAAAGUCGGAAACUGUUCUCGACAGAAAUCAGCAAUUGAAUUUGCGUGGUGCCGGAAACAACACAAUGUCUUAUGCUCUCUCGCCAUCAAGAGUUCCAUCAUCGCCCCAUCAUUCAUAUUAUCAUCAAACUUCGACAAUGGAACGUUACCCACGAUCUUCAGCUAGCCGACGAACAGCUUCAUCUGGAUCUGAUAUGUUGCAAACCAAAUUGAGACGUUUAUUAAACACAGAAAAGGAAUCGUUGAUGUCUAGUGAUGAUAUGUUGAUUCCACCACCACCAAGAAAUUAUCAUGAUUCGUACCAGACUCAACAUAGAUCGAGAAAUUACCAACAACAACUGAGUGUUCAUUCGGAAAUUCAAAAUCAAAACGAUUUGAGUGUUUUCUUUCCCAGUGCUUUUCUCUCCCCUCAGUCGUUGCCUCCUAAAACAAGUGACGAUCUUGAUGUUCUUUACUCGUAUAGUAUUGACGAUAGUGAUGGAUUUUUAGAGCGACCGAUUUCGCCACCCGAACAAUAUGCAACAAAUACAGCACCAAAAAAUGAAAAGAUAAAGAAAGAGAAGCAAAGAUGUGAUUAUUUGAGAUCACAUUCUCAAUCAAUGGCAGUUGAUGAAUUUCGACCCAAAACAAAUGGACGAAUUAAGAAAAAUCCUUAUUCACAAAACACAACAAACAGUAUUAAUAGCCACAAAUCUCUGCCUGAUUUGCAUACACAAAUAUCACGUCAUUCACCUCAUAGUGAAGCUUUAAGUUCAUGUUCAAGAGGCAACAGAUCUAAUCGAUCAGGCAGUUCAGGUUUUAAUCGGGAUCGUGAUUCGGGCGGCAGUUCAGGACAUUUUACACAUAGAAGUGAACCAUGUUGUAAACAAAUGGAGAAACUUAUGAUGACACAACAGCAACAGCAGCAACAGAAACAACAACAACAAGUUAAUUCAAAUCAAAUUCAACAUCAACAUGAUUAUCGACGCGAUUCUGGCAGUUCAACGCAACAUUCAGGAAAUUCGUUUUAUGCGAAUCAACAGCAAUUUCGCUAUGAUUGUAUAGAAUGUCGUGCAAAGAUGCGUGAAAAUGAAACAAUUUUUAAUUUCAAUUUUCCUGUUGAAGUUCCAGAAGCAUUUCAAGAUAGUUAUCAAGAUAGUAAUGAUACUGUUAGAAACACUUAUUAUAAUCAGCAACAGAAGAUUUCGCCAAUUACUAAAUCUCCUUCACCAGAUUUAUCCCAAGAAAUGUUGUCGCCAUCAUCUCAAAACAUUGAAUUAAGUCCAUUGAGUCCACCAUUGGGAACAUUUAAGAGACAAAAGUGUUUACGAUUUAAGAAUUUUCGCUACUAUAAUGGAUCAGUUAGUCAAAUCUCGAACAGUCAACCGAAUUCUCUUCCAGUUGAAGCUGAUGAUGAUCGGAGACCAAUUUUAAGAUCAAAAAGCGAUGUCAGUGAUCGUUACAUGAAUCGUGAAUCAAGUGCGCAAAAUAGACGUGAGCGUUAUCAUCAAACUGCCGAAGAAAGUUUUGGAAGCAAUGGAAGUGGUGGAAGUAGUGGAUAUAAAAUGAAUAAGUCUGAUUCGUUACAUGAACUGGAACAGUUCUUCGAUCAGUUAGGAUUGGAUAAUGAAAAUUAUACAGAAAUUAUAGUUCGAACGCCAAAGAAGCAUCAAAGAUCAGCUUCGGCUACUCUACCUGUAUCUAGUUAUAGUGAUAACGAUGAAAGCGAACAUUCAAGUGUUGUCUUCUUCUCCGAUUGCAGCACAAUUGACUCGAAUCGCAUUAUUGCUGAUAGUGGACCAAGCUAUAAUGGUGAUCAGAAGAAUAUUCAAAAUAACCCAGCAAAUCCUAAUCUUUAUAGACCUAGCGAGCCUCCAAGCAUUGUCGAAAGAAAUGCUCGAAUUAUUAAAUGGCUCUGUAAUUGCAAGAAAUCCCGGUUACUUUAGAUUAAUUAAUAAUAUUUACCAUAAAUAUAAUCUUGAAAGCAUUCCAGAGGUAAUUUUUAAAACUAUGGAUAAAUGAUGUACACCUUCGAUAUUCACUAUAGCAGUGCUGUGUAGCAAAAUAUGAAAUAAUUUCAUUAAUUAAUUAAAUAAUAAGAGAGAAGCAUGAAUUUCAAAUUGCAACUCCAAUUAGAUUGAAUGAAAAGAAAACACUAACUAACUUUAAAUUACCAAUUCUCUGCAGCAAAAAAAGAAUUUCAUUAAAUAGAAAUAUCUUUGAACGAAACUUAAUACUGAAGAUAGAAUGUUAGAUUUAGGAUUUGAGAUUUUCCUUAUCAAAUUUACAUUAAUUUAUGUGAUAAUUUCUUUUAUCAAUGGCGAUACGAAGAAUGGAUGAAAUCUCGGUGAUCUUGAUAGUCAAAGAAAGUUUUUUUUAUAUCUUUCUAUUUUCAUUUAAUCAUCUUUUAAAAUGGUGUUGAUAAUAUUUAGCAUAAAUAUCAUAAGAGCAUUAAAAAGAUCUUCAUAAAAAUUGUAAAGUUCAGAACGAUACAAAACCAAAAUAAUAUUGAGAUGGAUAAUUUUUGAAAUCCUUUUACUCAUUAAACAACAAACAGUCAACUUAUUUACUCACGAUUGAGCUAUGAUAGCAUAAGAUUACUUAAAAUGUUACACUUGAAUAUUUAUGUUUGUUUUUUUUUAUGAAACUUGUAUGUUUUUCGAAGUUUUGUCUUAAAAUGUAUUUAAUAAAUUCAACUUUCUGACAACUACUAACUGUCAAAAA